AUGUUUAACAAGUUGCGGUUUAGGGGUGGGUUUGGCGGACCCAGACUGGCCCGCGGGGUCAGGGAAGCCAUAUUUGCUUUCAACGCAUUUUGCGACAACAGGUGCGCGACUACAGCUCAACAGCAGUCUUAUAUCAAUUGCAUACAGAAUGGUAUCAAUAGAAACGCGCGAAUCAUCCCUAUAUUGAGGCGGUGUAGCGGAUCCACGGGAGCGACCAUAUCAUGCAAUCGCGGCCGAAGACAACAAACAAACCGAUGUCUUAUUCAAAGGUCUAGAGGCCGACAAAAUCUAAUGAACUUUCGACUGCAACGAUGUUUCCGGACAGUCGUUAGUUUGGCCACAAUUGACUGUCUGGUCAAUAGGUAUCGAGGCUUACGGACAUUACUUCCCUUACCUCCCGGACCGGCGGGUCCUGUAGUGGGCGGAGGCGGUGCCGCUCGACUCCCGUCUCGCAAGAAGAUCCGCCACAGAGGGCCUGAUUGGUCGGGAUGUAUAGUGACGGACAACCAUAUCUUCUGUCACGAAAGGCUGGCCAUCGUUGGCGUGGACUCCGGCGCCCAACCGAUCACUAACGCCGACAACAGUAUUAUACUUACGGUUAACGGAGAGAUCUAUAACUACUUAAACCUGAAGAAACUGCUGAACGAUCCGCAGCCAUACGUCACUCAAUCUGAUUGCGAAAUCAUUUUGCAUUUGUAUCGCGAAAUCGGCGACAAAGUGGUCGACCAUUUGGACGGACAGUUCGCUUUCGUCCUCUACGACAAGCGGACUAAUCGUCUCAUAGCGGCCAGAGAUCCGAUCGGCAUAACCACACUCUACUACGGCUACGACAGCCGAUCGCCCGGAACCGUGUAUUUUGCAUCCGAAAUGAAAUCGUUGAACGAAGAGUGCGACCGUAUACUAGCCUUCCCUCCCGGCCAUCUGUACGACUCCACCACCGGUCAGAUCAGACGCUGGUUUGAUCCCAACUGGUGGUCAGAGGAGGUGAUAGCGAGCGCGCCGUUGGAUCUGACUUUAUUGAAGCGAAAACUGGAGCAUUCGGUCCGCAAACGGCUUAUGUCUGAAGUUCCGUACGGAGUGCUCCUCUCCGGUGGACUGGACUCCAGUCUCAUCGCCUCCAUUGCCGUCAGAGAGACCCGAAAGAUCACCGGACGGAAGACGUCGCGGGCGGUGAGAGCGCCGGCUAUCGCCGAUAUGGACGACGGGAACAGCAGUAAC